GAUUUUGAAGAGGAAAAGCAUCCGAUUCUGGAUCUCGGGCUAGUACGAGGAGGCAUGCGUUUGAUUACCAGAGAUGUGGUUCGGUUGGUGUUAGUGGAGGUCAAGCACGGAUGAGGACGUUGUCGGCGUCGAUGCUGGUUUCAAGCCCCAAACCUGUAUCUACGGGAUGGAGUUCACACUUGAUGGAACCAAUCCCGGCCUCUCCAGUUGGAACUAGAUUCGAUUCGCUGCACACUGCUCGGCCUACAAUGACGUCUUCAUCCCGUUCAUCCGGGGAGAUGACAGACGCCUCGUUGGAGAGUAUGAAGUUUGCGGAGAAUCCCAAUUUACAUCAUUUACGCCCUCUACCUCCCCAGACUCGCUCCUUUUUAUUUCCAUCGAUGUCUUCAAGUGCUUCUCAAUUUUCAUCAACGUCCGGGUUCACUACACCUGUUCGAACUAGUUCGUACGCAAUGGCCCCUCCUACAACACCCGAUCGUCCAAGUUCCAAACAUUCAUUCCUACGACUCAACUCAUCACCAGCGUCAGUUCGGUCACCUUCAAGAUCUGCGAUGCUAGCCCCACCCGUAUCACUACCAAGGACCCCGACUCCUCCGCGGUCGACAGGGCCUUGUGGUUUGCCUCCUACUCCUACGACUCCUCUGUCGAUGGCGUCUUCAUCGAUGGAUCCAAGCGAGGAAGGAUAUUAUGGGCCGUCUUCUCCUUUGCCGAUUCUUUCGGAGGCGAAAUCAUGUAGUAAGGGGUCCACAAUGGAAAGCGGCGGUGAGAGUGUCAGUGGGGGUGGAACUGGGAAGCUUUCUUGGAGAAAGAGAAAGAUUUCAAGAAGUGCGAUAAAAGGGUUGGGCUCGGCGGUGAAGUCUCCUGGGACGUCGUCUUCCCUUGGUGGGACAGUGAAGGAGACAACUGUGGUGAACGGUGUGAGUGGGGGUACGAGUGGGAGAGAAGUUGAGGAGGUUGUCGGGCAGGAGGGAUGCUUGAUGGGGUUGUUGGGUGCUGCGUGACGGAACUUUGGCAUUGGCGCUCGCUGAGUGGACCGCUCUCCCUCCUCCGAUUUUGCAUUCCCCUUUUAGGCUUGCACGCAUGCGGCUACUCUUGUCCUCCUAUGCUUAUAUUCUCCUCCAUAUUACUUCAUUCGAUCUUGUUCCUCUUUGCCAUUCACAGUAACGCUGGAAUACCCUUUGGAUCUUACAGUCUGUCAAUAUCAGCGCAAAACUGACCGCGCUGUAUCCUCUUCUUUCUCUCACUCCCCCUAUCUUUU